AUGUCUGCCCCCAACCCUAAGGCCUUCCCUCUUGCCGACUCGAACUUGUCGCAACAAAUUCUUGACCUUGUUCAACAAGCCCAAGGGGUCAAGCAGUUGAAGAAGGGUGCUAACGAAGUGACUAAGUCGCUCAACCGUGGUAUCGCUGAAUUCAUCAUCAUGGCCGCUGACACUGAACCUAUUGAAAUUCUCUUGCACUUGCCUUUGUUGUGUGAAGACAAGAACGUUGCUUACGUUUUCGUUCCCUCGAAGGCUGCUCUUGGCAGAGCUUGCGGUGUGUCGAGACCUGUGAUCGCCGCUUCCAUCACCACCAACGACGGUUCUCCCAUUAAGAACCAAGUUUACACUAUCAAGGACAAGAUUGAAACCUUGUUGAUCUAA